GAUACCACCGUGGGACCUUUGCUUGGGGCACUGGUUGCUGGGCACCAGUUUCAGAGAAGAUGGUGGCCGCUGUGCUCACCUCAAGUAAACAUGUUCAACCUGAUGAGCAACUGCUGCACCUGGGUCUCCAAAAUACAGGAGCCAAUCAGAAAAGUGACCAUUCUGGUGGUCGGUCUUGACAAAGCAGGAAAAACAUCCUCCAUCAAAGGAAUGUUAAGAGUCCCCCAUAGUGUGGAAGCAGGACCCACCCAUGGCUGCGUCCGAAAUGAGCUGAGAGUGGAGAACUACCUGGUCUCCUUGUUGGAUGUGGGGGGAUCAGCAGAGUCGAGAGGAGCCUGGAGGGAGCUCGGUGGAGAGGCCCAUGGGAUCAUCUUUGUGGUGGACUCCAGUGACAGGCAGAGGAUAAAGGGGGUCAAGGAGGUUCUGGCUGACCUGCUGAGACAACCGAGAGUGGCGGGAAAACCCAUACUAGUGUUGGCUAACAAACAGGACAAAAUGAACGCUUUGCUGGGAAGUGAGCUGAUUGAGAUUCUGUCACUGGAGAAGCUUGUCAACCAGAGCCGCUCUCUGUGCCAUAUUGAGCCAUGUUCAGCCUUAAUGGACCUGCGACGCUGGUCGGACAGAAAGACUCUACGAGGCCUUCGCUGGUUGCUGCGUGCCGUUUGUCUGGAUUACCCCGAGCUGUGCACUCGUGUAGCCCAGGACAGAAAGAGGCCUCUGGAACCAACAGAGGGGGAAAAGACCUGGAAAACAGAGAAAGUUCGCAGAAAAACUAAGGUGGAACGAAUGCGAUCCAGCAAGUCAGAUCUUCGCCAGGUUCAUCAGCCAAAAGAAAAGGAGAAAAAGACAAAGGGUGAAGGAAAGCUGCAACCCAUACGAAACAUGCUGCAAAAGGAAAACACUCUGAAAAAGAAGCUGAAGACAAAGAGGAAGAAGAAGCCUGUUAAGGUCAAGUUAGGUGAAAAAGAUCAGGAAGAAACAAAUGAACAGGAGGAGGAAGAGGGUGAUGGUAAUGAAGGAGAGCAUGAAAACUCUGGUCUCAGAGAGAAAGCCAGCAGUUCCCUGAUCCCCCCGAAAAAAGACAAACCGCAACGCAAAACAAAGGUGAAAGAAGACAUUCCGGACGUGACAGAGUCACAGGACAAUGAGCAGAAGCCGCUCAAAGCUAAAGGGGAAAAGAAGAGGAAGAAGAAAGUUGUUAAAGUAAAAAGGAAGAACAAGAUCAACACAGAGGAGAUGUCUGGAGCUUACUCUCAACCCGUGGACCUGUCUGCAACCUUUGAUCUUUACCGGAAAGCAAUACUGGCUCUGAAGGAACGUCAGGAUCAGGCACAGAGAAAGUGAUUCCUGGUCGAGUCCUGCGACCUGAGUGUCAGGAUGUUGACACUUCAUCACACACAGAUUCUGUUAUGUCUCUUCAUCACUUUAUAUAGACUUUAGACCUGAUGCCUGAACUUUAGGAGUGAAACUACAAGUUCCAAUAUGUGGUGAAGGGCAGGUCUUCAUAGUCAUGUCUCAAUAGAAACAUUAAUAAUAUAAAUAGCAAUGUAUACAUUUAAAAACAUUUUUUUUCAAAAGGUUGAAAUUGUUUACCUGGCCAAAAUGUUACGGGAGGUUUUGUUUGUAUGGAUAUAUGUAUUUUCAUUGUAAGGGAAACAUGAUUUUUGAACUGUAUACCUUUUUUUUAUGGGUUUUGAACACUUCUAUAAAUGAUCAAAGCACUGGGCAGAGUAUGGGACA